AUGUCUGUCGCCGACUCCAAGUUCCCCGCCUCCGCCGCCUUUGACCAGAUCAACCAGGCUCUGGCCAGCGACUCGGACCGCCAGGACGCCAUCAAGCAGGGCGGCGCCGUCUUUGCCUUUACCCUCAAGAACACGGCCGGCGAGACGGAGAGCUGGAACCUCGACCUCAAGAAGGAGGGCAAGGUCUCCAAGGGUCUCGGCGAGAAGCCCACUGUCACCCUCUCCCUCUCCGACAAGGACUUUGGCGAGCUCGCCGCCGGCAAGGCCAACGCUCAGCGCCUCUUCAUGUCCGGCAAGCUCAAGAUCAAGGGCGACGUCAUGAAGGCCAACAAGAUGGAGCCCAUCCUGAAGAAGGCUCAGUCCAAGGCUAAGCUGUAA